AUGCCUUUCGCUCUCCUCUUUUCUGUUGUGAGCACUGUGCUGGCAAUCUGCGGAGACUUUCCCCACACGAUCACUUGCCUUCUAGCGCUCAACAACAAUCAGUUCAGUGGCUUGGUUCCUUUGGACAUUCGCACUCGCCUCCUCCAAUUAAAACUGCUCUCAGGAUUUGAGCGAGUUGGAAGAAUCAACUGUCUUGCACAAGGUUGGGAUGGACUCCUCUCAACCAGCACAUCUAUUCUCCCCAUAUUCACCACUCUCACCAAAGGGACGCAGCAAGAAACAGUGGGGAAGUUCAUGGCAAAGCCAGUGACCCUCUUUGCAUACCCAGUUGCUUCAAGCCCAGGAUGCGGCGUGGAGUUGGCAUUCCGUGCCAACUUCACUUUCUACCUUAUUCCGCAGGGUGGCACAGUUGGCAACAACGGAUUUGCAUUUGUGAUUGCUCAAAAGGUCAAGGUGGGAAAUCCUAGUGGUGUUGGCUAUGGUGGAGUGGGAGCUCGCAGUAUUGCCAUUGAAUUCAACACAGUUGGGCACCGCAAGCUGAAUGACACCAGCCAGCGUGUGGGGUUGAAGACGAAGGGCAUCGAUGCAUUUUUGGACUCAAGAGUAUCACCAUUCACUCUGACCAACGGCGAUCCAUACACGGCAUGGGUGGACUACGAACCUGGAAAUCCAGGAACCAUCAAGGUGUUCCUGGCGGAUUCAAAUGUGAAGCCAGAAGUGGCACUGCUGAAGCGGGACCUCUCGCUCUGUGCGGUGCUGCAGCCUGGAGUGAAAGAGACAAAAUUUCUCUUUGGCUUCGUCGCAUCCACCAGCUUGAAGCCCUUCCAGAUGCAUGUCAUUCUCAAAUCUGCAGUGCAAACGGGGCUUACGGCAUGGAAGGCAGGGUGA